AUGGCGUCCAAGAAAAAACCUGCGAAAGCGCCACCUGUUCUUUCCACCUCGAGAGAUCUCGUGCCUGUAGGUCCGCGCCAUGUUCAAGUCUCAAAACAUGGUGGUAAACGGGAUGAAAAUGGUCUCAAACCUACCACAUCUCGAGCCAUAGUUUUGCGAAAUGGUAAAUUUGGAGCACGGGGCACUGGGGAGGUUAUGCUUUCAAGCAAAAUGAGCGGCAGGGAGAAACUUGAUCUACUCGCAGAGGACCUUGUCAAUGAGCGCGCACGCACAGCCGUGAUGUCGCCUCUGAAACUUUCAAAGUGCAUCAAGAUCGCAGAUUCUCAGUUCAAUGCGUAUUUGGACGAUAUCACCAAUUUGCAGGACCCAGAAACUUUUCACCGUAAGAUUACCGAGGAACUCAAUGCUCGUACACCAUAUGGAACGACCAAGAACGGGAGGGAGGUACGAUCAGAUCCCUCCUAUGUGGCGUCCAUCAUCGCAAUCAGGAUUCAUAAUACGUACAUGGUUGCUUCAGCAUGGAAGAUUGUCCUUGACUCUUUGCGAGCGCUUGAGAAGUCUGGCCUCGAUGAUGCAACGGCUCACAUCCAGCUGCAAAAGGAUCAGGGUUUAUUAUCUCGUUAUCUUAUCGUUUGUGAUUUGGUCUCUAACCUAGUUGAUCUCGGUCAAAAGAAAUUCUCCGUGCUUGCCACUACUACGCCCCACUAUGCCCGUUACUUCAAGGCAGUUGAGAGCACCGAUCCGGGUGAACCCGAGAUGGCCUUUGAUUGGGCUGGUCUCAAGGAUGCAUGCAAGUCUUUCUUAGACUCCAUCAUCAUUGAGCUAUGCUUCCCCAAGCAGCCCUAUCCGAAGAGGAUUUUGUACCACAUCCUGCACGAUGCAGUUGAUGAGUCCCCGAGAGAGGCAAAACGUUUCCCCCAGACUAUGUGGGAUUCCGUCGGCGAAUUAUCUGUCGUGUUAGAACUUCAGGAGUUUCUUGAUAGUCCUUUAUUAGGAUCGCAGGGUGAGAAGAUGAAGCGAACACCUCGCAAGAUGCCCGAGCAGUAUGAGCAAUGGCUUGAUGCGCAGAUAUAUUCCCAGCAAGCAUCCAAUAACUACGCCAACUUCAAGGACCUUGUCUUCCCGCUUCACCGCACUGAAGACGGGACAGUCCUCAAAGACAUGUGGAAACAUGUCGAUGUGAAUUACAAGAACGUUUCUAACAUGUCCAUAGAUACUCUUUGGCAACUUGAUGAAGCCCUCCGCCGUACACCGCAGUGGAGUGCAUUCUAUGUCCCUCACCUUGCAGGUCACGAUUCCGAUUCAGAAGGGGAUUCUUUGGGUAUGAUACCAGUGAAGAGCAAAGGCGGAAAGAAAGGACCAAAGCGACCAUCGAAGAAGAUGCUCGCCAUUACCGAUGGUCGUGAAGACGAUGACAGUGAUGGCUCCAUGCCCGAGCUCCAGUCUGUCUCCGACUCCUCUGAUGAAAGCGACGACGAUAUGCUCGACUCUGACCAGAACUUCGGGGAUGAAGAUGAUGAUAGUGAUGAAUACGAGACGGAAUCUGAGUAUGACUCUGAUGAAGAUGAGCAAUAUCGCAACAUGUUGCGAGAGGCUAUGGACACGGCAAUGGCGAUCCCCGAAUUUUUCGAUGCGAAGACGGAAGUGCCGGAGUUCGAGGCAAUGGCUGAGGAGAGGAAGGGCAAUCCCUUCUUAAAGCUCCUUGGCUCGUUAAGAGGUCGCAUGUUUUCGUCUAGCGCGAAGCUGAGUUCCGCGACGCGCGCUGAACCCCGCAAGGGCCUUUUCACAGCCAAGCCCGCCGCCAAGCCAAAGCCAGCUCCAGCUCUCAAGAUCGAUUUGUCCGGUAUUCCAGAUGACGAGCUACCUCCUCUUAAACCCCUUCCAGCUCCUCGGAAAAAACGUGUGCCUAGGGUGCUCGGGGGCAAGGCGCCACAAGCUGCUGGAGCUUCUUCUUCACAACCUAAAGAUACUCGCACGACAGUUGAAGAAGUCGACGAUGAGGAUGACGUCGAUGUUGACGCUACCUCUGCUGGUAAGAAGAAAAAGAAGAAGAAGCCCAAAAAGAAGAAGACCGACACGGAUCUCCCUGUCCUUCCUGAAGAUGCCCCCGCAUCUCCUGUGAUGUCUCCAGCGCGUAUCACGUCUCCCCCUACUAGCCCUUCAAAGGCAAGCCCUGCCAGGAAGGCUAGCUUGAACAGCUCGGCAACAACCCUCAACAUGUCGUCUGCUUCCUUGCCGCUGACGGAACAGACUACGGCUCAUUCUGGUCACUCUUUCCUGCAAGAGAUUUCUCAGAAAGAGAAGAUCAAAUCUCGUCCUGAUCACGCAAGCAUCUUCAACCGCGGAUUUUUGACCAAGGGCAAAGAAAAAUCCAAGGAUAAAGAGGAAGAUAAUGAUACUGUGAACAAGAAGCACACCUGGUUCUCGAAGUUGGGUAAGAAGACGACUGGAUACAUGCAUCAGCUGCUUCGCGCUGGUGACGAUGAGAAACGAGGAGCGAUGAAGUGGGAGAAUUUCCUCAAGGUUAUGCGCGACAUGGGCUUCGAAUAUGAUCCCAGUACCGCUGGGUCAUCAGUGCGAUUCGAUCCGCCUAACACGGGAGACAGGUCCAUUACAUUCCACAAACCUCAUCCAGAUCCCACUCUAUAUCCCGUGAUGCUAAAGGAGUUCGGUAAGAAGUUGAAAGAUUACUAUGGAUGGGAAGAGGAAGAUUUCCUGAAGCGAGCUGCUGCUGUAGAGUAG